AUGAGGAAUCCGCGGGCGCUAGCGGACCAAUCGAAGUAUUGCCGCUUCCACUGGCAACAUGGGCAUGACACUGAACAGUGUCGGGAGCUUAAGAGGCAAAUCGAGGAGCUCAUUCGAAGGGGACACCUCGGUCAGUACCUUCGACCGGACAAGGAACUUUCACCGCGCCCGGAGGGUCCCAUUGAACGACACAUCGACGUAAUAGCUGACGGCCCCGCAUCUGGCGGGGAUUCCAUGACCAGAAGAAAGGUGUUACGGGUCGUACUUCUGAUGGCGUCUGCCGUCGUCGUGGGCGUUGCGUGGAAGGUCGAGCUACCGCAGGGUAUGGCAUACGCCAAAGCCGCUCCGGCCGAAGCUCCCAGGCACGGGCCCGAGCCUAAUGUCACCUUCCCGGCUGAGGCAUCCGAACAAACCGAGCACGACGACGCGCUCGUGAUAUCGGCCAGAAUAGCUAAUGCACAAGUAAGGAGGAUCACGGUCGAUACCGGGAGCUCGGCCGACAUCCUCUACUUCGACGCCUUCCAAAAGCUCGGCUUACCCGGAGAUAGCAUGAAGCCAAUAUUCUCGUCGCUCACCGGAUUUACCGGUGACUCAAUCUUGCCGCUGGGGGCGAUCACUUUACCGUUGACCCUGGGAGCCCCGCCGAGGUCGAAGACGGUGAUGACUACCUUCCUGUUCCCGAUCCACGCUGGGACCGGAGAGGUCGCAGGAAGUCCCCGAGAAUCCAGGCGCUGCUACCUGGCCGCCGUUUCGUUACACAAGAAGGCCAGGAUCGAACCACCGUUGGCAGACCCCCGGGAGGCGAAGAAGCCAGCCCCCCAUCCCGAGCCGAGGGGGUCCACCAUCGACGUGCCGCUGCUAGAGGAUCGGCCGGAGCAGACGGUUAAGAUCGGGUCGGAACUACCCGAGCAAAAACGAAAACAGCUCGUCGGCCUCCUACAGCAGAAUGUUGACGUCUUCGCCUGGUCGCCAUCUGACAUGACGGGCGUCGACCCGGAGGUCGCACAGCAUCACCUCAGUAUUUCACCCGACGCCCGCCCAGUAAAGCAAAAACCCAGGCGACACGCCCCUGAUCGACAGUUGGCCAUACGAGAAGAAGUGGGUCGGCUCCUAGAGGCGGACUUCAUAGAAGAAGCCAGAUACCCACAAUGGCUAUCUAUUGUAGUCCUCGUCAAGAAAGCUAAUGGACGCUGGAGGAUGUGCGUUGAUUACACCAGUCUCAACAAUGCAUGCCCGAAGGAUUGCUACCCCCUUCCAAAAGUCGACCAGUUAGUCGACGCUACGGCCGGACACGCCCUCCUCUCGUUUAUGGAUGCCUUCUCGGGGUACAACCAGAUCAGAAUGGCACCCGAAGACCAAGAGCAUACGGCCUUCCUCACCGAUCAAGGGGUCUACUUCUACAAGGUAAUGCCCUUCGGAUUGAAGAACGCCGAGGCCACAUACCAGAGAACAGUAAACAAGAUGUUCGCCCACCAGAUCAGGCGGAACAUGGAAGUUUACGUCGACGACAUGAUUGUCAAAAGCCAAGAGGUGGGUGCCCACCUGGCCGACCUGGCCGAGGCGUUCGCCACGCUGCGCAAGUACGGCAUGAGUCUUAACCCCGCGAAGUGCACCUUCGGCGUUAUCUCAGGAAAGUUCCUCGGGUUCAUCAUACACGAAAGAGGAAUCGACGCCAACCCGGAGAAAGUCCGGGCGAUCAUCAAUAUGCAGCCACCCCGGACGAUCAAAGACCUACAACGCCUUAACGGGAGACUUGUCGCCAUGUCCCGUUUCCUUGCCAGAUCAGGUGAUCGCUGCCUCCCCUUCUUCAGGGCGUUGAAGAACCCGAAGAACUUUCAAUGGACGACAGAGUGCGAUGAAGCCCUCAAGCAAGUGAAGCAACACUUGGCCAACCUCCCCCGACUUGCCUCAGUCUCUCCUAGGGAGAAGCUGGGCCUCUACCUGACUGCCUCCCAGCAUGCAGUCAGUUCCGUCCUGGUCAAGGAAGAUUCCGGCGAACAGCUCCCGGUCUACUACGCCAGCCACGUCCUGACUGGGCCAGAGGAACGAUACCCCCCAAUCGAGAAGCUGGCGCUUGCGCUCGUGCUGUCAGCCCGGAAGCUACGCCCCUACUUCCAGGCUCACCCGGUGGAGGUCAUUACUGACCAGCUGCUUCUGGCCGACUUCAUCGCAGAAUUAACCCAGGUCGGAGACGAGGAUCCCGAACAACCUCCCGAGGCCUGGGUCCUGCACGUCGACGGAUCAGCCAACUCAAAAGGCGCCGGCGCGGGGCUGGUGCUGCAAUCUCCCGACGGACGGUCGUUCGAACGUUCCCUCCGCUUCGGGUUCCAGGCCACUAACAACGAGGCGGAAUACGAGGUGCUUCUUGCAGGACUCCGGUUGGCCCUCGAGAUGCAGGUGGUCGCCAUCCGCGUCCUCACCGACUUGCAGCUGGUAGCCGAGCAACUCAGCGGCGGAUACGAAACUCGGGACCCGACCAUGGCCAAGUACUUGGCACAGUUCGCCGGUAGAAGGUUCCGGGAGUUCUGCGCGAACCACGGAAUCCAGCUAAGGUUCAGCUCGGUGGCUUACCCUCAGGCGAACGGGCUAGCAGAGGUGACCAAUCAGUCCAUUCUAGACGGGCCCAAAAGAAGAGUGUCCGCAGCCCGAUCGACUUGGACGGACGAACUCCCGAGCGUCUUAUGGUUGCUACGCACCACUCCGAAGACCGUGACUGGAGAGUUCCCCUACAGCCUCACGUUCGGAACCGAAGCUGUCCUUCCGCCCGAGGUAGCCAUUGCCACCCUUCGGAUAGGAGGCUAUGACGAGGAAGUCUCGAACGAAGGACUUCGAGCCGCCCUCGACCUGCUGGAGGAGCAGCGUGCCGACGCACACUUAAAAGCCCUCUCUUAUAAAAGGGUCGUCGCAAAGGUCUACAACAGGAAGGUACGACCCCGACCAAUCAAGUUAAGCGACCUAGUCUUGCGCAAGACCGAGGUAAGCGACCCGACCCGAGCAACGGGGAAGCUGGCCCCCAAAUGGGAGGGACCUUAUCGGGCCGUCGAGGUAAUCCGACCGGGUACAUACAGGCUCGCGACAAUGAACGGUUCUUCUUUGCCGAGAACAUGGAACGUCCAGAACCUUAAGAAGUUUUUCGUCUGA